UGCAUCCGUGUACCUACUCUGUGAUUGUAAAAAAAACAACAGUAAAUAAAAUGUCAACAGCUGACAAUUUUUUUUAAAGAUUAUUUCUAUUUUUAAUAUUAUGGGUGACGAAAGCUUAAAUUCUCGUAAAAAAUGUGAAACUAAUAAAUAUGACGUAAUAAUUAUUGGUGGUGGUAUAGCCGGACUAGCCGCUGCCAAUUUAUUUGUGAAAAAUGGUAUGAAAAACUUCAUAAUAUUAGAAGCUAGAAAACAUAUCGGCGGAAGAAUUAUAUCAAUACCAUUGAAAAAUCACAAUGUGGAAUUAGGAGCUAAUUAUAUACAUGGCGUCCUAGGUAAUCCAAUAUUCGAAUUGGCGACAGCAAACGGACUCGUUAAUAUAAUAAAUAUACCUAAGCCUCACAAGGUUAUCGCAGCUACUGAAGACGGUAAGCAAGUGCCUUUUGGAGUGUUACACGAGAUACAUGAAGCGUAUGUCUGUUUCCUCAGGCGUUGCGAAGAGUAUUUCUUAUGCCAAUACCUUCCACCUCCUGAUAUUCACAGUGUUGGCGAACAUAUAAAUCUGGAAGCUGCUAUUUAUCUAGAACGGUUACCAAAUUCGGAGGAAAAAAAACUAAGACGAUUGAUAUUUGAUUGCCUGCUAAAACGUGAAACAUGUAUAUCUGGAUGUAAUACUAUGGAUGACAUUGACUUACUGGAAUUAGGCAGCUAUACUGAACUACAGGGUGGUAAUAUUGUGAUACCAUCUGGAUUCAGUUCUAUAUUGGAACCUGUUACAAAAAAUAUAACACCUGAUAAGAUAUUAACAAACCAUCCUGUCAUCAAAGUCAUAUGGGACACAGAACAACAUGGUAGCUCAAAAAAGUUUGAUGAAGUUGGUGAGGAAUCUGAAGAUUCAGAUCAGACUGUGAUAGAAGACAUUUCAAAAGCAUCCCCUGAGAAAGCAGGGGAUUCCAGUGAAAGCCAUAUAAAUACUACUGAAAAAACAAGUAAAAAGUUGUCACACUGUGUGGAAAUUGUAUGUGAAAAUGGACAACAUUUCUAUGCUGAUCAUGUGAUAUGUACUAUUCCCUUGGGUGUUUUAAAAGAUAAAGUGGCGACUUUGUUUGAGCCGGCAUUGCCACAGUAUAAAUUAGAAUCAAUUGAUCGACUUUUGUUUAAUGCAGUUGAUAAAAUUUUUUUAGAAUAUGACAGACCAUUUUUAAAUCCUGACAUAACUGAAAUUAUGCUGCUUUGGGAUAGUCCUCAGGCUCCAGAAGAUGUUUCAAAGUCAUGGUUUAAAAAGAUUUAUUCAUUUGUUAAAGUAACAGAAACUCUGUUGUUAGGCUGGGUGUCUGGAAAGGAAGCAGAAUAUAUGGAAACAUUGUCAAUGGAUGAAGUUGGCUCUACAUGCACUAAGAUUUUGCGUAAAUUUUUAAAUGACCCAUUUGUUCCCGAACCACAAACAUGUGUGUGUACCAGUUGGAAAAAGCAGCCAUACACAAGAGGUGCAUAUACAGCAAUUGCAGUUGGAGCAAGUCAAAGUGAUAUUGAAAGUUUAGCACAACCAUUAUUUAGAAAUGUCCAUGACAAAAAGCCUGUGUUACUCUUUGCGGGAGAGCACACACACAGCAGCUUUUAUUCCACUGUACACGGCGCCUAUCUGUCCGGUCAAGCAGCUGCCAGGCGUCUGCUGACUCCAGACGUAGACACCGAGAAUGUAUUGGAUUGCCCCGAGUCCAGUGAUCUAACUAACUGGAUCCGAGGAGUACAGCUAGACGGCUAACGGAGAAUGAAGUACGUGAUUUUGUUAACCAAAAUAUAAAUGCUACCAUGACACAGGCUUUUGCCGAUAAAAAGACAUGAAUUUGAUUAAUCGCAAGUGUAGCUUAGUAGUAUUAUUUUUAUGUUGUAAUUAUUGUUAUUUUAUUAAAAAGAGGCUUAUUUAUUUCCGCUGGUAUUAGGGCGUUUUAUAACGAACCAUACACGACAUGAUUUGCGGUCGCGAUACGCAAGCCACGGCACUGCGUGCGAUCUUCACGCGACACGGCAAUCGCAGGAAGAUGACAGAUUGUCUUGUAAUAACAUACCAUAUAGCCAAAGAGUCGUUCGCGAAAAUUGCAAGAUGCUGUGCCGUGGUUUUGUUGCUUAAGUAAACGAUUCUUAUAUAAUUGAAUUAUAGCCUUUGAAUCGUUACCGCAUUUAGAUUUUAGUUAGAUCGUGUCUGCGAUUUAACAUCCUAAACGCUAAUGCAAUAUGAUUUACUGCAAGUUAACAUAAAACUAAGUUUAAGGAGAAAUUAUUCCUACUGAUUUUCUUUGAAAAUUCAUUUAUUUACUUACAUAUACAUAUGUAAUAAACACAUAAAUUACUUUGUUCAUAAUAAUACUUACUUUUAUUUGGAUUUUUCAUUGAAAGAUAUUAAUUUAUGAAUUAUUAUUGCAAUGAAAUGUAAUGUAAUGAAAUAGUUGAUUGAUAGUCUUAGCACAUUAUACAGACUCGACGCUGAUUCCACUCAGACUCGAUUCAGAGUAAAGUAUGAAAAUGUGAGUAGGUCACUGAAGUGUGUGACGCGUGGUCC